CGGGGCUCAGGCAGCAGAUCAGAGCUGUCAGCACACUCAGGUGGCGGUGGUGUUUGUCGGUGGUAUCUGACGGAAGAACCGUGAACAGACCAAACCAUGAAGAACGAAGGUAUAGAGGGGACGGAGCGGUUCCUGAGCCCGGGCCAGGGCAGAGGCCUGCGGGCGGUGAGGCACUUCGCGGUGGGGGAGCUGGUGUUCGCGUGCCCUGCCUACUCGUACGUGUUGACAGUGAAUGAGAGGGGAGCGCACUGUGAGCACUGCUUCACCAGGAGAGAAGACCUUUUUAAGUGUGGCAAAUGUAAGCAGGCGUACUACUGCAACAUUGACUGUCAGAGAGGCGAUUGGCCGAUGCAUAAGCCAGAGUGUGUAGCUAUGUGCGCCUAUGGGGAAAACUGGUGUCCAUCAGAGACUGUCAGGCUGGUGGCUCGAAUCAUUAUGAAGCAGAGAGUCACAACAGAGCGCACUCCUUCAGAAAGGCUGCUGCUGCUCAGAGAGUUUGAAUCCCAUUUAGAUAAGAUGGACAGCGAGAAGGAUGAAAUGAACCAGGCAGACAUAGCAGCGCUGCACCACUUCUACUCCAGACACAUCAGUGACCUUCCUGACAAACAGGCCCUCACUGAGCUAUUUGCACAGGUUAACUGUAAUGGUUUCACCAUAGAGGAUGAGGAGCUCUCCCAUCUGGGAUCAGCUGUUUUUCCUGAUGUAGCACUGAUGAAUCACAGCUGUAGUCCUAAUGUCAUAGUGACCUAUAAAGGCACAGUGGCCGAGGUCAGAGCUGUUCAAGAGAUAAACCCUGGAGACGAGAUCUUUAACAGCUACAUAGACCUGCUCUAUCCAACAGAGGACAGGAGAGAGAGGUUGUUAGAUUCCUACUUCUUCACAUGCCAGUGCACUGAGUGCACCACCAAGUCUAAGGACAAAGCGAAAAUGGAGAUCAGAAAGCUGAGUUCUCCACCGGAGCCAGAGGAAAUCCGAUCCAUGGUCCGUUACGCCAAGAAUGUCAUUGAGGAGUUCAGGAGAGCCAAACACUACAAGACUCCCAGUGAGCUGCUGGAGAUGUGUGAGCUCAGCCAGGAGAAGAUGGGAGCUAUAUUUGCAGACACCAACGUGUACAUGCUGCACAUGAUGUAUCAGGCCAUGGGUGUCUGUCUCUACAUGCAGGACUGGGACGGAGCCAUGAGCUAUGGAGAGAAGAUCAUUCAACCAUACAGUGUUCACUACCCAGCCUACUCUCUGAACGUGGCGUCUAUGUAUCUGAAACUGGGACGUCUUUAUUUGGGGCUGGAGAAGAAGAAACAAGGAGUCAGAGCUCUAAAGAAGGCGGUUGCCAUCAUGGAGGUGGCUCAUGGGAAGGAUCACCAUUAUGUAGCGGAGGUCAAACGAGAAAUCGAGGAGCAGAAGUAAACACGGUUCAGCAGGAGGAGAUAAAAGAGAGAGGCACUGGAUUGAGAGACCUCUCUUAAAGCGACAACAACAAAUACUCAUCACAACUGCAUGCCGUGCAUCUUAUACCUCUCUGUUUUUUGUCGCCCACUCACUUGUUUUUCAUGCCUCUUUGUAGGCAGGGUUUCUUUUUUAUCGGCAACAUAUUUUGGCUGAAGAUGACCACGUUUUGUACCUGCAGCUCCCAACUUCCCGUCAGACCUGGAGUUAAAAGCAAGCAAAUUAGGGUUAAAAUAUUUUGAAUGAAAAAUUUGACUCAAAUACUUUUUUGUGGUGAAGCUCUUUGUGGUGAAACCAUUUAGCACCCAUACUGUGACUCAAAAAAGGAUCACAACAGUGUAAAAUAGGAAAAACCUUAAGACUGCCACCAUGGCUGAGCUCAGUUUUUUUUAAAUGAAAUGUGUAUUUCUCUCCUUGUGGGUCUGACAUCUUUCAAUAUGUUUUAAAGAACCAUCAGCAGACCACCAUCAUUUAUAUCAUUGGCAGCAGUUUUCGCUUCACAGUUGUGCUUCAGAAGAGUUGUUAAAUUAUUUGGACUUCUGUACAAACUGGUGAGUAGCUGUUAUGAAGGGCAUUACUACUUAUUCCCAGCCAAUGCAUUAUAAUUCAGUCAAACAGAGUUUUGGGCUUCAUUGUUUCUUGUUCAAACUGUGAAAAAAAUGAUGACUGACCAUGCAUCAGGUACUCUGUAGCAAAGGAGAGGAGAUGCAAAGAACUAUUCCUGAAUGAAUAACCAGUGGUUUUGCUUGUCUUACGGUACAUUUUGCUUGUUUUAAAAGAACCAGAAAAAGUGUUGCAUGUUUUAUCGUAUAAUUUGUGUGUUUUUCUUUUCUUUUCCAUAUGAGGCUUGUUGACCAAAGGGGCCACAGGUUUAAUUAACAAGGAACCAGCUACAAUUCUCUAUUCACAGUGUAUCCUUAAAGAGGGGUGCUGAUCUGAGGCCAGGUUGCCUCUUAAGUCACAGUAGUACUUUGACCUGACCAAUGAUCCUUGAUCAGAGCCCCUUUGCUCUCAGGAAAAAAGGCGCAACUCUGUAGCUUUUGUUGCCUUUUGUCAAGAGAUGCAUUAUUCUACCUUACUUUUUUGAAGUGUUUUCUCAGAAGCAUUGUGAAUUUAGAUUUUCAUUACCUGGGGAAUGAAAUCAUUUUAGCAUCAGUGGGCAGAAUAUUAGCAUGCAGUUUAACUUGAUGCAAUAUAUAUAUUUUACAUGCAGGUGAUAAUGAGAUGGGGGUAUCAUCCUUACAAUACAUCUUUAAUUUUAUAAUCACCGAGAAAGAUUGAAGUAUUUCUUUAAAAGAGAAAUGCAUCUCCCUUUAAUGCCUGCUUUGGUGCAAUUUCGCACUCUUGUAAGCUCAAGAAACUGAGAUGAUUUAAACCACAAUACAAAACAAACUGUACCAACAUGGCAACUUUUAGUGUUACCUUCAGCAGGAAUGGGUUAACGAAACUCAUAAAAUCUGUGUCAUAUAAUUGUGUUGAUAAGUUUUGACGGAAAUGCUGAAGUGGUGCCUGUGUGUAAUAGACCCUGAAAUCAUGAGGAGGAGAAGCAGUUACAGGUACAAAAACUGUGCUCUCUCUGCUGUAGAUUUGAAUAUAUUACUAUACGGAAAUCAGAGACUAAGUAUGCAGUAUGUGCAGGAGGCUUUAAAAAGUUGAGGUGAUGCCAUGAGCAUCACCUGGGCCUUAUUGAAGGGUUCUUAUUGCACUCAGAUUUUGUACAUUUUUUGUGACAAAAUGAUGUCAAAAUGGCAAACGUGUAAGCACAUGUUCAAUUUUAUCAUUUUCUUAUAGGACAGUUGGCCUGCCUGCAGUCUUCACUCCAUGCACUGCGAGAGGAGCUACAGUCACAGAUUUAAUUUCUUUAUUCUUUUUAAUGCCUGUAGCUUCUCCUACUGGUUUACUAUGGAUGCAUAUUUAUGCACCACAUGACUGCAGGUUACUAUUAGUUGCAUGUGGUCAUAUUUGUAGCAACUCGUGCAUCGGUGAUUCUUUUUGUCACCUGCAAAGAUGCAUCUAGAAGGUGCCUGCCUUACAGUUUUGCAUAGGUAAUCCAAAAGCACCAUUUUUACAACUCUGAUCCACAUGUUUUUGUUUCUUUUGUUUUUUUUUACUAAAUGAAAGAGUGUUUGUAAGCUGGUUUGUGAAAGCCAUCCAAACCCUCUGUUUUCCAGAUUUGAGGACUUCUUUUUAUUUCUUUCCAGACUCUCAGAACAUGCAAAUUAUUUUGUUUUCUCUGAUGUUAUGAAAGAAAACCUGUGACACAAGCUUUAAAACAGUAAAAAUCCAUACUCAUGCUGCACGUAUAUGAAAGGCCGCCAGAUGAUGUUUUCUGCUGUUUCUGUGUUGAGCUGUUACUUUAUCAGGCAUGAAUGUGAUUCUACUGGAAUGCAUAACAAAAACUGAGCCUCUGAUUCUUUCUGCACCAUGUCAGUGGAACUCAAUAAAUAGCAGUA